AUGUACUUGGAAGUCGGUGAUGUGCCAUGUCCCUCGGUUGCAGCUUCGGUGCGCAGUCCUUUUGAGUGUGUGUGCGUGUGUGUGUGUGUGUGUGAGUGUGUGUGCUUGUGUCAGGAAGUGGACCCAGCGUGCCGGCAACUCAUCGUCGACCACCACAAGUGGCUGUCUUCCUUCACGGGGCAUUGUAGCCGGCUGCCGUGUGUGUUUGGUGACAUCAUGGAGCAGCUAGAUGGCACCGUGGACAUGUCAAGAGGGAGUUUUGAGUGCAAGAGACGCCGUGUCACUGCGGCUGCGUUGCAACGGUACCAGUACUGCACGACUCAUGCUCAGCCAUGUUGUGUAGACACACCUGUGAUGCUGGACGUGUCGGGACUGCCCUGUCCGGACAACAGCCGAGCAAAUCAUGGUCGUUUGUUCGAAGAAGGGCCAAGCGGCAAAAUCUACAUCACUUGGGCAGCGCAGCACAAGCGCAAGCAGACGCCGUUGCUCAUUCUAGAGAAUGUGAGAGACAUGAACAUGACGGCCAUUGCGGCGUUGCUGGAGGAUGACUACUUGGUCAUCCCUUUGAAAGUUUCCCCUACCGAUGUAGGGCAUGAUGGCAUCUCCCGUGACAGGCUUUAUGUCUUUUGUUCGCACCGGAAAACCGGCAGAUACCUGUACGAUGUGCACGAAGCGUAUGCCUGCGUCAGCAAGAAGUUACGGCGGUACAUACAGACCCGUCCCAGGGACUACUUCGUGGCCUCCGACAGAGACAUACACCUGGACGCCCUCAGGAUCGCGGCCCAGCGGCGGGUCCAGUUCGUUCCAGAAUCUCGGCUUAAAAAGUUGUUGUGUUUCCAGCACGUUCGAUCCUUGUGUUGCUAUCCUGUGCAGCAUGUUUGGGUAGCCCAGGGCGCGGACGACCUGAGCUAUCUACUGAACUCCAGAGAAUUGGAACAGAAGGAAGCCUACGAAUGCCUCUACCGACAAAGGUUUGGUAGCAACGCAGAGGAGGAUGAGGACUGCUGCGUGUACCUAGGCGACAAUGUUCGUUGGACAGUGACAUGGUCAGCGUCAAGUGGCAGAAUACCGACUCUUCGUCGCAGCAGCGGCAGAAUGUGGAACAAUUCAAGAAAGCGCUGGAUGUGCCCCGUGGAGAAGUUGGCAUGUCACGGCUAUCCCGUGACCAAGGAAGCUGCUUCCGUCUUGGGUGUUCCAGCCUUGCCGGUGCUCGACCCACUUCGCGCUGAUUCUGUAUGCGGCAAUUCCAUGCAUUUCAGCAAUUGCGCAUUGGUCUUGCUUUGUGGUCUCACCUGCUUUGGUGCGCGCUUGCAGAGGGACAGCGCUGACCUACUAGAUUGGUCGAGCCUGCGAGGGUGCUAG